AUGUUACAGGUAAAAAAUAAGUGACCUUUUUUCUUUUAUUAUAUUUAUUUUUCCAAAACAAAUCUUAAAAACCUUCGAAAAAACCGCAAACAUCCUGCAGGUUCUUCCAUUUCUUUUGUUAACGCACAACAUCAACAAGAACAACUGUAUUGGGCCCUGUUUCGACUCGGCAUGCCCCAUGAAGAUGCAAUGUAUAAAUGGAGAGUGUUGUGACGACCCGUUCAACGUGACUCUGCCCAAUAUUGUGGCCACGGAAGCGACCAGCAUCCGUAGUUCACUGGAGUAUUCGAUUAGUGGGCUAAUAGCGACCACAACGGUCUCCACAAGGCCGCUGAUUACUUGUAAGUUGGGCUACGCCUUCUUUUAGACUGACGAGUAAGUAGUACAAGUGCGACGCUCAGAUUUUCCUUUAAUUUUGCACACACGACAGGCAUGAGCUUCAUAUCGAUUACUGAAACUUUCGGCAAGCCCUUUGCAGACGCAGCCGAGAUAUUCAAUGAUCUUUGCUAGCGAGAGGGUUCCCAAAACGCGGAGAGCGGUCAGAAAUUUUCUAUCAGCAGUCUUGCAUGUAUCCUACAAGGAAAGUACAGGGUGUUUCAAGAAAUUCCGCGGAAAGUCGUCGUCGAUUUCUCGACGCUCAGCCACGAUAUCCAAAAAAAAUUUUUUGCAUUAGAAAAAAGGCAAUGGGCGGUUUUUUCGAAAUAAGACACAAUAACGCAAUACAUGGUCCUAGGGCAUGUCAGGCAUGCUGAUUCAGAAUCCGUUGUCAAAACCCAGAAAUUCCGUCAUCUUGAUGGUGAAAUCUGGAAAUUUCCGAAAAAUGUGGAAAAUCGACCGUAACUUUCGACCGGUCGGUCGGAGAGCUUAGCAAAUGGUACCGUUGGUCUUAGAAUUUUGCGUAGAUGCGGAUAGAGGUAUAAUAUGUGGGAAAAAGUUGCGAUUUUUGGAUAUAUCUCUCGACCUGUAACUCUAUACCCCAUAGAGGUACUUUUCAGAGAAAUCUAUUCUAAAUUCGUCCCAAGUUUCAUCAAAAUCUGAGCAUCGCACUUGGAGUACCUUCCGUGUGAUGACAUCAUGUUUAAUUUUCUCGCAAAGCUGCUACUUUUUCCCUGUCGUGAAAUCAUUUUCAGGUGGUGAUACAAGCACGUCGUGUCGCGCAAUGGUCCAUCUCUGUCUGAACGCCGUCUACGAAGUGAUGAUGGAGAAACAUUGCAAGCGAACGUGUAAUAAAUGCUCUCUACGUCCGCGCCUUCCCAAGCUACAUUCCAGACAUUGUAAGUCAUCUAGCGCUUUAUUUUCUCAUCGCUUUAAUGUAUAUGUUGUAGCAGUAUCGUUUUUGUGAAGCUUAAAAUUUAUUGUUGCAGGUCGCGACUUGGGCUCGAAUUGCGCGCGCCUUCAGCCACUUUGCCACACGUCGUCGUACGCCGGAAUACUACGUCAAUAUUGCACCAAGACAUGCCGCUACUGUUCAUAG